ACUUUGGAGUGGAAGGAUGGGUUAAUGGCACUAAGCGUUCGAGCAGCUGUGAAUGACACAUCAAAGGACCACAAAUGGAUUGUUUGUGAUGGCCCAGUGGAUGCUUUGUGGAUUGAAAACAUGAACACUGUCCUGGAUGACAACAAGAUGCUCUGUUUGGCAAACAGUGAAAGGAUAAAAUUCACGCCACAGAUUCAUAUGGUCUUUGAGGUCCAAGAUCUAAAAGUGGCAUCGCCUGCCACGGUAAGCAGAUGUGGCAUGGUUUACAUUGAUCCAGAGGAACUGAAGUGGAUGCCAUACGUGCAGACCUGGAUAGCUGGCCUACCAAGCAAAAUAAACGAUGAUACCAAGCAGUAUAUUUUGGAUCUGUUUGAACGUUACAUUGAAGAUGGCCUUACGUUUGUCACUAGAAAAUGCACACAAGCUAUCCCACAAGUGGAUAUCAGUAAAGUAACCACACUGUGCUGCCUGCUUGAAUCCCUACUGCUUGGAAAAGGAGCACCAGACUUA